AAAUAAGAACCACUACAGUCCUGCAACGUUUACUAAUGAAGCUGGUGCCAGCUAAAGACUGUCUCAUGAAGAUAUACGAAGGACAGUUGUGUACUGAAGCUAGUCGCUCGAAGGACACGUGUAAUGGAGACUCUGGUGGUCCUCUCAUGAUGAUUUUACCUGACCAUCUACAGUAUAUUCCUAGAUAUUACCUCAUCGGGGUGUUGUCAUACGGAUACCAGAUCUGCGCGUAUUCAAAGAGACCAACGACUGUCUACACUGAUGUCUCCAUGUACCUUGAGUGGAUACUAGAUAGCAUUUAUUGAUUUUACAUAACAAAUUGUAUAGGAUGAAGAAUAACUACCACAUAACCACUGACACAAGCACAAUCAUACAAAAGAUUAAACAAACCAUUACAACUUCAAUAAUACAAUAUACCAAACCCCUUAUACAAGCAACGUAACACAUAGACGUACAUGACACUACACAUAUACAUAAUCGUACAAAACAUAAAAGGACAAAUGAACAUGGUCAAUUUCAAUCUCAUUUCAAUUAUCCAUAAAAUCCUUUUCUAUCAUAAUUACUAAUUGAAAUGCUAACCAGUCAAGCGCACAAA